CCAAGAUCCAGGGUUUUCCCAUCUUACGUGGGACUACCUCAAACCUGCAAAGCUGCAAAGCUUCUCAUGCAUAAACCCCAUUUCAACAGCAAUGGUCAUCGUCAGCCUCCUUACAGCUGGAGUUGGCCUCGCCCUCGAUGCCUACGCUGAACGGCGGUCGGCAAGGGAUCAAAGAAGGAAUGCAAAUACUGCGCAGCUUGUCCAACAAAGUCAUGCAGCGUCGUCGAACUCGGCGGAGAAGAAAGAUGAGGUCAAUGCUCUCAGUGAGCUGCAAGAUUAUGCGGAUUUUCAGAAAUCACUUUCUGAUAGAAUAAUGGGCGGCCUUAUUCGCAAAGAAGCUUCGAUGGAUGACGGGCUUCUCCGACAACUAUCGUACACAGAUGAUUGUCCGAGCUUGUUGUAUCCAAAAUAUGGCUCUAGAUCACAGCCUAUGUCAGGUACAUUGCCAUGUCCUGUGGUUAUCCCACAGUGCAACGGUAAUUAUAAUGAACGUGGUUGGCCAAGAGCCUUUGUUUCUUCCUUAAUGGACAGCGGGGUUGAUCAACAGGCUUUUUUGGCUUUCAUAGAUUCCUUCAACGAGUCACUAAGAUUGUCGCCUCUACUGUUUGUCGUCAAUAUUGCUGCGUUGACUUCUGGCAUUGAUUUGGAAAACUCGUAUUUUGGUCUGUCAACAGUCAUUGCCACGGCGGUGCGACUCGCGAAGAGUGCCAAAUCCGACACUUCAACAAGUCAUUACCCAGGCGAAUGA